UUAUUUUUAUUACAUUUAAUGCAUUAUAUUUUGAAUCGAACAUGUUUUUGUUGCACUUACACGCUUUUGACCGGCAGGAGUCACUAGCGAGCGGCGAUCCGAAACAACGAAUCGAUUCGCGAGGCAGUUUGUUCAAAUGAUUCGAAGCUUCGAAAAGGUUCGUUUCUCCCGUCACUAAUAUAUACCGCCAAACUGGUCCCGAAACACCAUAAACAUCGCAGACGGCACAUGUAUGUACAUAAACGACAUAAAACUAAUACUGUGUGACUGAUUCGCUUCGAUUUAGGUCAUUGUUUCGGCCAAUGAGGAAAAAGUAAGAUGGCGGAUCGAACACUUCCGGUGUUCCGGCUUCCGGCUUCACCGCCUGCCUAUAAUUAAGGCAAUUAGCAGUCGUCAGGUAAUAAGAAAGAGGGUAGUGUGCGCCUCAAAACUUUGUGAGCAUUUUAAUUCCUGAUGAUUAUAUAUGAGACAUGAUUUAAUACGGCUUGCUCGAAGUUAAAGUGAUCAAUAUCAGUCAAAUUAAUUUCUAAGUAGCUUGAAAUGGCGUUUAGGUGUUCUUUUGAGGACGAUUUGUCCUGUCCCGUGUGCUGCGACGUCUUUAUUAAUCCCGUAGUCCUGUCCUGCAGCCACAGCAUCUGCGAAGCUUGCAUUCGUAGGUUUUGGGAAAGUAAACGACUCAAAGAAUGUCCGGUUUGCAGAAGAAGAGCUUCGAGCGAUCGUCCCCCGCUGAACCUGGCUCUGAGGAACCUGUGCGACACCUUCAGACAGGAGCUGAGCCGGGGCCCCUCGUUUGAAGGAGAAGGCCUCUGCGGGCUUCACAAGGAGAAGCUGAAGCUCUUCUGCGUGGACGACCAGGAGCCGGUGUGUCUGGUGUGUCGAGACUCCAGAAAACACGCCAACCACAGAUUCUGUCCCGUGGAGGAAGCUGCGGCGGACAACAAGGAGAUCCUCAAAGACGCGCUACAACACUUAGAGGAGCAGCGGAGAGAGCUUGAGCUCUUUAAAGAGUUCUUCGAUGAAGACGACGAGCUGGUUAAGUCUAACGCUCAAGACGCCGAGAGACUGAUCCAGGAGGAGUUCGAGGAACUUCACCGGUUUCUACGAGACGAAGAAUCCUCCAGGAUCUCGGCGCUGAGGGAAGAGGAGAAGCGGAGGAGGCGGACGAUAAAGCAGGAGCUGGAGGAGACGAGCGGACGGAUCUCGUCUCUCUCGAGCGCCAUCAGGGACGUGGAAGAGCAGAUGAACGCUGACGACGUUUCCUUCUUGCAGAACUUGAAAGCCUCGUUGCAAAGAGCUCGCAUUUCAGAGCCUCCUCCUGAGCCCAGACCGCGGUGAUGACCCGCUUCUCAAACCACCGGACCGGCCUGAAGCUCGCCGUCGUGCAGAAGAUGCAGGAGAGCUUCGCUCGGGGUGACCUCGCUCUUCGACGUCAGCCCAUCUCGUGUUGAGUCUGAUCUCGCCGCCAUGGCCAUUUCCGACCGUCCGGACGAAUAUAACGAGCGUGGAAGGAACCUGUUUGGAGACCUACAGCUAUUUAAACGGAAAGCCCCUCCCACUAAUAUCUUCCCGCCGCUGUUCGGCAGCGAGCCGGCCUUCGCCCUUCCCCUCUUCCACAAGCAGCGUCUUCUUCAGCCGCGGAGCACCCAGAGUCUCGUCACGCAGAGCUACGGCCGUAAGCUGGUUGUAGACCGGCCUCUGCUGCAGUCCGUGUUCAGACGCGGCGGUUCAGAGGAGUCCUCCUCGAGUGGACAGGAUGUGAUGAUCUGUGAGGAUCGAGUUCAGAUGUAGGGGUUUCACAGAGAUGUGUAGCAUGCUCACCGUCUUCUGGGUGUUUUGUUUUGUUUUUUCAAAUAAAGAAACUAUUAUCAAA